ACCGUUGUGUACAGUCAUAUGCAAUAGUGGUGCAAAUAAAUAUUUUCAAAUAUAAAAUUCUUUAAAAAGAACGUCAAAUGUGUACCUUUCCAAAGAAAUAAAAUAAUAAACUUCAAUAGAAAACAUUAAAAUGGAAGAUCACGAUGGUUUCGGUUUUGGGAUAUCCACUGAAGAGGAUUCAGUAGGAUUUUCAGGAUAUUCCGAUUUUCAUACAAUUGAUUGGCAAAGGGAUCUUGCUCGCGACCGUAUGCGUCAUCGUCACAUAGUAAAGAAAAGAAAGAAAUCGUUAUGGGAGCUAAUUAAAGGAGCCCAUGACGCUUUAUCAGGAUGGCUGUGCGUUUUAUUAGUUGGAUUAGUGACGGGAUGUGUUGCUGGUGUGAUAGAUAUUGGAGCUAGUUGGAUGACUGACUUAAAAUUUGGAAUUUGUCCACAAGCUUUUUGGCUCAAUCGUGAACAAUGUUGUUGGUCAUCAAAUGAAACAACUUUUGACAGCGGAAAUUGCUCUCAAUGGCUCACAUGGUCGGAAUUCAUGAUCAGCGCCAAAUAUGGUUUCGGUGCUUACGUGAUGUCCUACUUGUUCUAUAUCUUUUGGGCAAUGUUCUUUUCGACACUUGCAGCACUUCUUGUUAAAAAUUUUGCUCCAUAUGCUUGUGGUUCGGGUAUUCCUGAGAUCAAAACAAUUCUCUCCGGUUUCAUCAUUCGAGGAUAUUUGGGAAAGUGGACUUUAAUUAUAAAGUCAGUUGGAAUAAUUUUAUCAGUGUCAGCUGGCUUAAGUCUUGGCAAAGAAGGCCCAAUGGUUCACAUAGCCAGUUGUGUUGGAAAUAUUUUGGCAUAUCUUUUCCCGAAAUAUGGGCGGAAUGAAGCAAAGAAACGUGAAAUUUUAUCAGCAGCAGCGGCAGCUGGAGUAUCAGUUGCUUUUGGAGCACCAAUUGGAGGCGUUCUCUUCAGUUUAGAAGAAGUUUCGUAUUAUUUCCCAUUGAAAACACUUUGGCGAUCGUUUUUCUGCGCUUUAAUAGCUGCUUUCAUUCUUCGCUCAAUUAAUCCUUUCGGAAAUGAACAUUCUGUGCUGUUCUUCGUCGAGUAUAAUAAACCAUGGAUUUUCGUUGAACUCAUUCCAUUCAUAGGACUUGGCAUCAUGGGAGGAUGCAUUGGAACAUUAUUCAUAAAAGCGAAUAUCUUCUGGUGCAAUUACCGUAAACACAGCAAAUUAGGACAAUAUCCAGUUGCUGAGGUUCUUUGUGUCACAUUCAUUACAGCAGUUGUCGCAUUUCCAAAUCCUUACACACGAAUGAACACAAGCGAAUUGAUUUUUCUUCUCUUUAGUCAAUGUGGAAUUUCCAGCGAUAAUCCUAUUUGCGAUUACAAUAGAAAUUUUACAAAUGUUAAUCAAGCGAUAGAAAUUGCUGCGGCUGGGCCGGGGGUUUAUCAUGCAAUUUGGCUUCUUGUUUUGGCAAUGAUCGUAAAACUUAUUCUUACUGUAUUCACAUUCGGCAUAAAAGUUCCUUGUGGUUUGUUUAUUCCUUCGCUUUGUCUUGGUGCCAUUAUGGGUAGAAUUGUUGGCAUAGCGAUGGAACAACUCGCUUAUAAUUACCCUAAAAAUUGGAUAUUCUCUGGGGAAUGUACAACGGGCGACGAUUGCAUUCAACCAGGUCUUUAUGCAAUGGUAGGAGCAGCAGCUGUGCUUGGUGGUGUCACAAGAAUGACCGUCUCAUUAGUUGUGAUAAUGUUUGAGUUGACAGGCGGUGUAAGAUAUAUUGUUCCACUAAUGGCUGCUGCAAUGGCUUCUAAAUGGGUUGGCGAUGCUUUGGGACGUCAAGGCAUUUAUGACGCACACAUUGCUCUUAAUGGUUAUCCAUUCCUGGACAGUAAAGAUGAGUUUCAACAUACAACAUUAGCUGGUGAUGUCAUGCAACCUAAACGUAAUGAGGGACUUUCAGUCAUCACACAAGAUUCAAUGACAGUUGAUGAUGUUGAAGUGCUACUGAAAGAUACGGAACAUAAUGGAUAUCCUGUGGUUGUAUCUCGUGAGAAUCAAUAUUUGGUUGGCUUUAUAUUAAGAAAAGAUUUGAAUUUGGCUAUUGCAAAUGCCAAAAGAUCACUUGAAGGUGUCACAGGUCAAUCGUUAGUGAUCUUCACCAGUAGUACUCCCGUCCAGAAUCUCGGGCCAGCGCCUUUGAAGCUAAAAAAAAUUCUUGACAUGGCACCAAUCACUGUGACUGACUCAACACCAAUGGAAACUGUUGUUGAUAUGUUCAGAAAGCUUGGACUUCGUCAAACAUUAGUCACACAUAAUGGACGUUUACUUGGUGUCAUCACAAAGAAAGACGUUUUACGACAUGUCAAGAAGAUGGACAACGAAGAUCCAAAUACGAUUUUAUUUAAUUAGUGGAACUAAAUACUAUGAUUAUCUCUAGAAUUUAAGUAAUUUAAUUAUAUUCCCCUUUUGUCCAAAACAAAUGAAUGCAACUGAUAACAGAUAAAACGAAAAAUAAUUAUUGAAUAGCAAACAUAAUUGACAGAUAGAAUGAGAUAAAGUUUAUAUGAAAGUUAUUUAUUUUUAUUGAUUCAGUUUUAUCGAUAUUUUAUUUUAUGAUCCAAAAUUUGCUCUGUAAGUGAACUCGAUAUUUAAUACGAAAAUUCUGUACUCUCCCUGCACUGGUGAUUAUAUGAUCGUUAAUUAAAGAUAACGAUGUGAACCCCAAAGCAGACGAUUCAGUAUCCAUAAAAGUUUAUUCUGAUUUUACUCUAAUUGUUCCACAGAUGACAAUGUACACAAAACACAAAGGAAUAUCACGAAUUAUCCAACAAUACAAAAAUACUAUUUAUUAAAGAGAAAAGGCAGACGAACUAAUUAUUAACUAAAACAACUGAUUAUUAGAUGUAAUAAACAUAUAGCAGAAAUGAUGUUUCCACAAAA